CACCUUUAACAGUCACCCACUAUAACCUUUGAAAUGACUUCUGUUAAGGAUAGCUUUAUUGACCUGGAAAGGCACCGCCAGCUGCUACAGGAAAAUGUCGAUAAGCUUUCCAAGGCGCUGGACCAUUGGAAACAAUGGAGGAAAGAAUACGACGCCUUGCGCAUCGACAUCAAAUCACUGCCAUCGUCAGCGAGUAAACAGGAGCUCACAAGCGUGCGCAAGAUAUUCAAGGGAGACCUAUUGAAUGAGAAGGAACUGGUUGAUAUCUUUGGCCGCGAUGACUCUAAAAAGGUAGAACAGAUUGUUAGCACGCUUAGUAACCGGCUAGAUUACGUCGGGAAAAACAUCAACACACUGACUAAGCAACUCGAAGAAUCAGAGAAUAAGCUUGCCGCUGUUACGGUCAUUACUAACCCUGAUGCGACUGAUGAAGAGGGAUUGCCUAUAACGGAAAUUUUGGAAGAGCUGGACGAUGACGACAAUAUUGUAUCCUUUAGCUUACGAAGGCCUGGGGAUAGUCAGCCACAGAUUCUGGAGGCUCUCCAAAAGGCUGGAAUUACCGACUUUUCAUCAGCACCAGAUAUCUCCGAAGUACCAGAGGCCUCACAAGAAAGUUCGAAUAGCGAACCAAAGGCUUCGAAAGACGCCCCAAGCCCAUCCUCUCAACCACCCAAUGAGUCUCGAAGUGAUGCACUAUCAAGCCAUUCUUUGGACUCUUCAGCUCAGCAACAUAACGAACCAGAAGUACAAGACAAGCCACAAGGGAAACCUACAACCAAGAAGAAGAGCGUGACCUUUAGCGAAGACACAAAACCAGACACCCCGCAAGAACAGUCCGAGACUGCCAAGAGGCUCGAAGAGAUCCUCCAAAAAGCCAAGGACCAACAAAGCAUAAUAUCAGAUCCUAUACUACCUGCCGACGAGUCCCCUGAAGAUGCGGAGUUGCGAGAGGAUAUGAUUCGUUAUAACAAACAGACGAUGGAGUAUGAAAUGGCCCCUAUUGUCGCGGAGCUGCAGUUGGAAGAGGGAUCAUCCGGCGACGACACGGAUAACUACAGCGACUACGAUGACGACGAUGAUGACAGUGAUGAGGACCAAUGGGGCAAAUCGAAAUUAAAGGUGGAUGAUGAAUGGAAGCUUGAAAUGCUGGAGCUGAAAAAACGUCUAAGCAGUCAGGCUUUUGGCAAGACUCGAGCGACGGAUGACGAGGAUGAGUUGACAGAGGGCAUUGGCCGCAUCACCAUCCAGCGUGAGGGUUCAGACGUUUCAAAUGGUGAGGCCACAAGUCACCCAACUACUGAACCUCAAGUCGAAGAUUCGCCACCACCUCAGAGCACAAAGAAGAGCGUCCGAUUUGCUCCCAGUCUUGAUAUCGCUGAAGACUCUCCAACUACAACUUCUAUACCAGUCAUGCCGAUGCACCCAGAGCACUCCGAGGUGGAUCCUGUAUCCGAUAUUGUCAUGGAGCGCAAUGCUGCAGCGCCCCGGCCAGUACCGGCUUCUACUAAGAAAGCCUCUCGGUUCAAAAAGGGUAGAGCUACCGACUCGCCUGUGAGCACGAAAGUCCCAUCAUUCAAUGGCAUUCCCAUUGCCCCAGAGAAACCCGAGAACUAUGUGAAGGCUGUCCCGACCGGGCCCGAUGGCCGAACUCUAGCAGAUGCCGUCCUAGAGCACGAGCCAUCUUCCGAGGCUAAAAGCCCAGAUGAACUCGACGCGACUCUACUUCAUCAGCAAGUGACAGAGGAGUAUCACAAGAUGCGCAACAAGUUCGUGCACCGCCAGGGCGGGUUCAUGAAAGAGAACGAGGACCCCAUACAGCCGCUAGACGAGGAAGAGGGUGGACCGAGACGAAUGAGCCGUUUCAAGGCGGCAAGGCUAGCCAAGUCUUGAAUUUACCCAUAGCGCGAACGCUCAAGUUAGGUAGCUGGUUCCUGGUAUGGUAUUAUCUGCGAGUGCGGUUUACGGUUUUUUGAUGCACUACGUGCCUUUUUCCUGGACGUCAUGCCAUGACUCUUCCAGGGUCUGCCCCCCCCUUUAAAAAGGGGAUAUAUUGGUAGUAUAUGGCCAUCUUGGAACUUGAUACCUAGAUAGUAUCAAUGCAUUCUCAAAUGCCCAUGGUCUAUUCUUUUUUCUACACAAUCUUAAAUAAGAUGUCUGUCUAGUCAACAAAGGUGGGUGUUUUCGUACUAUGUGUCUGCUGUAAGUGGCCGGCUGGUUUUAUUAUCUCCCCAUUCUCUAGAUGUCCUACAUAUUUACUAGUAGGCACAUCAUUUUACAGCACAUCACUUCACACCCUCAUCUCUCUCACUACGUCAAUAUCACACGGAACGCUUUGUCAACUUGACAAUUACAUAAUACAUAGCAGCCACCCCCAUCUGCUAUGCCAUUACAUCAGCGAUUCCAAGAAUAAAACAAGAAAACAGGGCUCUCUGACGCCAUUACCCUUUGGCACUUUUUCGGCCAUCGAAUGUUCGUGGUUUCGGCGAUUCGUUUCACCCUGUACAUAUCUACCUUGAUGAUGU